CGACUGGCACAAUUGCCACAUGGCGAGUACCAUGAAGUCGUAUAGCGAUAUGACAACAAAAAGGAACACCUUAUACUGUCAAUUUCGUGUUUGUGUUGACAAACAAACGGAUUUCACUGCUACGUACAGCACACGCCUCUGGACCCACCUUAGAGUCUCCCACCAACUUGUGAAUCAAUCCCCUCCACCUUACUGGUCAGAGCGGGUUAGGGUCCGCAGUGUAGGCGAAGGUCGUGCGAGUUAGUUACAUCAUUCCUCUUGAAGCCGUUGAUUAAAAAUCUCGAAAAAGGGCUCCCUAGCCACGUUCACAACCACCAUUUGUCUGCAAAGCCAAACACCGCCCGACAUGUUUUCAGGGUCGCUGCUCUCGAGGAACCUCCUCCUCCGCCAGCUCCCGUCCGCGGCCUCAGCCGCCUCCCCAGCCCUCCGAACCGCCCGACCGGCGCCUCCGAGCCUGAUAUCCGCGGCGACGGCCCAGCUCCGCCAGUGGCAGCAGCAGCAGUUCCAACAGCAACAGCGGCGGUUCCUGUCGGACCAGACGCGGCGGGCGAUCGACCAGGCCGUGGGCUCGGCGCCGGUGGUGCUGUUCAUGAAGGGCACGCCCGAGACGCCGCAGUGCGGCUUCUCGCGCGCCAGCGUCCAGAUCCUCGGCCUGCAGGGCGUCGACCCGGCAAAGUUUGCGGCGUUCAACGUCCUCGAGGACGCGGACCUGCGGUCGGGUAUCAAGGAGUACUCCGACUGGCCCACGAUUCCACAGCUGUACAUUAACAAGGAGUUCGUCGGCGGAUGCGACAUCCUCGUCUCGAUGCACCAGAACGGCGAGCUGGCCAAGCUGCUCGAGGAGAAGAAGGUCCUGGCCGCUGCGGAGGCAAGCGAGUCAGAGCCGGCGAAGGAAUGAGCCCACAAUGAUCGGGGUUGCUAGAGGGAAGAGAGGAAGAGAAGACGAAAACCGGACCCGGGUGUACGACUGACGCAUGCCUUUGUAUAUUAUAAUACCUCCCCUAUCUGGACAUGCGCAAGCAUGAUGGCACUGAAAGCAGGCUGAAUAUAGACUGGAUUUCAAUCUCGAUGUUUAUGUUAUUAUAUGUAAAUGUGUAUACGAGAGUAUCAUGACGUUCCUAAUACAAGCCGCUGAAGACCC